AAAUUUCUCUGCAAUUUCCUCCCUCUAUGAUCAAGUAAACGGGAAGAGAGAGUCUUCAUUCGUCGUCUUCCUUACUCUCUUUCUCUCUCUCUCUCUCCCCAUAGUUUCUGAAUCAUAGUUUUACAGAGAGAGAAAUGGCGUCUGGUGAUGAUGAAGAUCAGUCUCAAUUGAAAGGAUUUGUGAUCAUCACUCUUCCUCCUCCAGAUAACCCUUCUUUAGGCAAAACCAUCACAGCUUUCACCAUCCCUAACCCGUCACAUCCACCAUCAUCACCACCACCACCACCACCACCAGCAGCAGGACGACCACCGUCACAGCCUCCAAUUCAGUCAUCAUUACAUCAUGGAAGAAGAACCCUUUUCACACACCCAAGAAGAAGAAUCUCUUGGACCCUUUCGGGUAUCGCUCUUUUUGCUUUGCUAACUUUUUGUGUCACUCAAUCCCCGCGAAAUCAUUUCAAAUUAACAAGUUCGGAGCCUUCUAAUGAAAUUGAUCGAGAUGACGAUGAUGAUCAAAGCCCCAAUUCCUUCAUCUUUCCACUCUACCCCAAAUUGGGGUUUCGAGAAAAGUCAAAAACGAGAGAUAUGGAGGUUAAGUUGGGGAAAUCUUCGAUGUUCAGUUCCAAAGGUGCGGUGUUACCUGUUGAUGAUGGAGGUUUGCCCACCAAGGUUAAAUGGGUAUCUACAGUUAGCAAUAGUGCCCUUUUGCCUGUCAAUGAGGAUGAUCUGCGAGAUGGGCUGUAUUACACACAGAUUAACGUUGGAAGCCCUCCAAGACCGUAUUUUCUUGACAUAGAUACCGGUAGUGAUCUGACUUGGAUUCAAUGUGAUGCCCCAUGCGCUAGUUGUGCCAAGGGAGCGCAUCCUUAUUACAAGCCGGCAAGAGGAAAUAUCUUAUCUUCGAAAGAUUCAUUCUGUUUUGAUGUUCAACAUAGCAGCAAAGCUGGAUAUUGUGAGUCUUGCCAUCAGUGUGACUAUGAAAUAAAGUAUGCUGAUCAUAGUUCCUCUUUAGGGGUACUUUCAAAGGACGACCUUCGUCUAGUUGAUGUAAACGGAACAUCAAUUGAUUCUAAAGUUGUUAUUGGGUGUGCGUAUGAUCAGCAAGGGAUACUUUUAAACUCUUUGAUGAAAACAGACGGGAUCCUCGGUCUUAGCAGGGCUAAAGUGAGCCUUCCUUCUCAAUUAGCAAAACAAGGAAUUAUCGACAAUGUGAUCGGCCACUGUCUUACAUCUGAUUCUACAAGCGGUGGAUACAUGUUCUUAGGAGGCGACUUUGUGCCACAAACGAAGAUGUCUUGGGUUCCCAUGCUCAAUGAUGCUUCCAUGAAUUAUCUUGCAGAAGUUGCUAGAGUGACUUACGGAUCUAAGCAACUUAGUUUAGAUCGUCAUAAAAAGGGAAGUGGGCGAAUGGUCUUUGAUAGUGGAAGUUCUUAUACAUAUUUCACAAGACAAGCAUAUUCUGAUUUAACUAGUAUGCUUAAAGACGUCUCUCGUGAUGGCUUCAUUCAAGAUGCUUCAGAUACAACACUACCCAUUUGUUGGCGAUCUAAAUCUCCAAUAAGAUCCAUCAAAGAUGUUAGCAAAUUCUUCAAACCACUUACUCUUCAAUUUGUGAGAAAAUGGUGGAGUAUUUCGACAAAUCUACAUAUACUUCCGGAGGGCUACUUGAUCAUAAGUAACAAGGGGAACGUGUGCUUAGGCAUCCUCGAUGGUAGUGAUUUGCUUGAGGGAUCACAUAUUCUUCUUGGAGACAUCUCGAUGCGUGGAAAUUUGAUUGUCUACGACAAUGUGAAGCAGAGAGUUGGUUGGAUGAGAUCCGAGUGUGUCGAUUUAACUAACAAGUACCUUCCAUCUUUUUGAUAGUAUAUAUCAUUGUUGUAAAUAUCUAUGCCGUAUAUCUAAUUACUUGUAAACUUUUUUGUAAUGCAGUCUCGUUUAUAAUCGUAUGCAUAUGUGCAUCGCAUAAAUUUACCAUUUCUUUAAAGAUC